AGGUCGUCGAACGGUCCACAUCAAUAUCGAGUCUCGUAGCGCUUGAUCUAAGUAUUAUUCGAAAGUACACUAGAAGAACAACCAGUUGCCACGACUUAAAUGAACUAGUAACUUGAAAUGCAGCAAGCGGGUCGGCGUCGGUCACAUUUUCCCCAUCUGCUUUAAGUUUCAAACUCCUAGUGUUGUGGAGGGAAGUGGCGCGUAGAGACGCGGCGCGACGUCUGACGCGACGGCCGGCGGCAGCGACGACGGCGGCGAUGGCUGACGAGCUGGCUCGUGCCUCGAUUAAAACACAUGAUUCAGUAUAAGCGAAACCGCCGCGGGUGCGUGUAGCACACAUCCAGUUCGUGUGAGCUCGACCGUACAAGCUUCGAUGCUCCGCGACGUAUCGCACAAGUCUCGACUAAUAAAAACAACCAUUGCGAUGCCGUUAAAUCCAACCUAAUCAUCUAAAACUAAUGAGCCAGUGAAAUGUGUGCACGAAUACAGUGGUACAUGAGUUCGGCUGUGGUUUUUAACGAAGAGUUUUCAUAAAUCUGUGAAGUUAAUCAUAUAACGGUACAACACUUUUGGAGAGUCGAGACUGUGGUAUGCGUACGUUUGCCUGAGCACGCCCGUGACCCCGCAGCGUCGUUGCAGAAGGCAUCAUGGAAGCAGUGUGCGCGCGCGGCGAGACAGCGUGCGAAAUGCGCGCGCUGGCGGCCGCGCUGCACUCGUUGCACCUUUACUGCGCGACCAUCUCUGCUGCGCUCAUCUGUUGCUGCGCGCCCUUGCAGCCGCAUUGGUACGGAAAACAAUGGCGGUGCCAAAAUGUAAGAGGAGUAGCGAGUCUCGCCCUAGCAGUGGUAUGGUGUUGCGGCGCGGCAACGGCCUCGCUCCGACCGGCGGAGACGGUGCAGUUGGUAGCAGGACUGAUGGCCCCUUUGGCCUGGCUGGCCGCUGCGGCUCUGCAUAUUGCCCUUUGGACGCGCCGCUCUGCAGCCCCCAUACUCUACCUUGCAGUGUACUGGCUUCUCGCUGCUGUCUCUUCUGCAGCUAUACUAUGGCAGCACCUAUUCACUGACGCUGCUCCGAACUACGUAGAAGUUUAUGUCCAGUGCCUCUCAAUGCUACUGGCGUUGCUAAUAUCUGCCGUAGACUGCAUUUGUUUUUACGAUGAGGUAACAAAGCGAUACCAAUCUCAUCAAAAACCAACAACAGAUGUAAACACUACGUACAAACAUAGCGACACGCAUUUCUUCGCAAAAAUAUCAUUUUUCUGGCUGAAUACGCUACUAUACAGAGGAUAUGAAUCUCCACUCGAACAAGACGAUCUGGGUGAACUGCCUGACAAUGAACAAUCGCAGAAGUACUAUAAAAUUUUCAAAAAGUUGUACAAAGAUCAAGAGAAUAGCAAAAAGUGCAAUGGAAGUCCCAGUAUAUGGCGAUGCUACACGGCCGUGGUGUGGCCAAACUUUUAUGUCGCCGGUAUCAUGAAGUUGAUUAGCGAUUUAGUGGGUGUUGUGCCUCCACUAGGUUUAGCCGUCGUUAUUCAGUACCUUCAAGACCCGCAUCAAGUUUUUAACACAAAACACGUGACAAUAGAGGAGUUCUGCAGUAACGGAUAUGUAAUGUUAUUAUUAAUAACGCUAGCCCUGAUCAUUCAAGCAUUUUUAUCUCAAAACUCGACGCACUUGGUCACUGUAGAGGGGACGAGAUUGAAAACAGCGCUACAAGGCAUGGUAUAUGACAAAUGCAUGAGGUUGGCGCCAUGGUCCGCGAACGAGGCGGCUAUAGACGAAGACUCCCCACUAUUGCAUGCCGAUGAAACGACCAACACGCAGGCCGGCCUACUUACCAAUCUCGUCUCGCAGGACACGUACAACGUCAUGUCUUGUGUAUGGAUCUGCCAUUACAUGUGGGCUAUACCUUUAAAGAUAGCAGUCAUCCUGUACUUACUCUACACAAAAUUAGGUGCAAGUGCAAUAGUGGGCACCGCUGUGAGCAUUUUGUUCAUUACGCCCCUGCAAUUCUACAUUGGCAAGAAAAUAUCGGACAACUCCAAAGACAUCGCAAAGUGGACUGAUCACAGAGUCUCAAAGAUGACUGAAAUUUUACAAGGGAUGCAUGUUAUAAAGCUUUACGUAUGGGAAGACCUCUUUAACGAAAGAAUUUUGAAUUUGAGAGAAGUGGAAUUAAAAUUAUUGAACAAGGAUUCCAUUUACUGGAGCUUUCUAACAUUUACAACGCAAGUGUCUACAAUUAUCGUGACAGUGGUCACGUUCACAGUGUAUUACUAUUUGGAAAAUGGAACGGGCCUCACUGCAGUCAACGUAUUUGCCGGUCUGGCUCUCUUCAACCAACUUACUAUACCCCUACUUAUCCUCCCAGUGACCGUCCUGAUGGUCAUACAAGCUACGGUCAGCACAAAGAGAAUUAGGGCUUUCUUGGAGCUUCCUGAGUCAAAUAACGUGUAUGAAGAUAACGAAGACGUUUGUGAACAUAAGAAAACAUCAGACAGAUUCAAUGACGCGUUUGUGGAAAAUGUACCAGACGACAAUUUUGGUUGGCAAGACGACAGCAAAGACGAGGCCGGUGAUGGGGAAUGUGAGGAUCAGUUUUCAGACGAAGAAAACUCGUUGCUAGUCGCUAAUCAGGAGUAUUUGAUUAGAUUCAGAAAUGCAGCAUUUACUUGGGGCAUGAAAAGCGACGCGCUAUUAGAAAUAGAGGAUUUGGAUAUUCCCGCAGGAAAACUAAUAAUGGUGGUCGGUAGUACUGGAUCUGGCAAAUCAUCACUGCUAUCUGCUAUUCUCGGAGAAAUGUAUUUGGAACGAGGCGAUGUCAUUUUUAAUGGACACUGUUCGACAUGGUACGCGGGUCAGCCACCAUGGCUGCUGGAGGGAUCAGUCCGCGACAAUAUAGUGAUGGAUAGCGCCUGGUGCCAGCGACGAUACGCACGCGUGCUUCGAGCUACUGGCUUACGACCGGACUUGCAACUUUUACCCGACGGAGAUACGACUCACCUAGGAAGUCACGGCGCACCGUUGUCGGGCGGGCAACGCGUGCGCGUAUGCGUGGCGCGGGCGCUGUAUUCAGGCGCACGGCUUCUCGCGCUCGACGAGCCGCUCGGUGCUCUCGAUGCGGCGCUGGCGCGGCACGUCGUUGCCCGCGCCCUCGUCCCCGCCGCACGCGCGGGUCGCACCGUACUUGUAGCAACCAAUAGACUAGAAUUAUUACACUAUGCGGAUUUGGUCAUCGUCAUGGAAGACGGUCGCAUUGGUGGAUUCGGGCGAGCUGUUGGUGACGGCGUAUUGGGGCAUUGGGGUCAACUCGCAGCAGAGGCCCGCGCGGCGGCAGCCAGAAACGGUUGCGGUCCUCCAGGCGGCACUGCCAGAGAGCGUUCGCGCCUCGUUAGAGCUUUAACCCAGGCACGAAUUUUACGGCAGACUCCAGAUGACGCAACGGUUGGUAUUAAUGAGGCUACCGGAGCGCAUCUCUUGGCGGAGGUUCCUACGUGCGCCGGCGGAAGUUGGCGCCACGCUUCAUUCCGACCGCGACCUGCCCUGACCAGGCAACUGUCUUCGCCUCCAUCAUCAAUGCAAAAUUACAAAUGCCGACGAGAUGUGAGAAGAGCCGUCAGCGCAGACGAAUCUAACACAGUUUUACAGCGAGAAGCCAGCCUUCUCAGGCGUUUAUUGAGGCGACGACGCACUCCCCGAACGCUUGCUAGAUGGACACCAAGAACGCUUCGUCGUCUUCUCAGCUCAGACUCGAACACUCCAGAAAGAAACCAAGCUAACGAAACAGGAGACGAGACAAAUGCGGACACUACAUGCACCUCUGUUACAAGUAACGGCGUUCCACCAAACAACCAGAUGUUGUACGCUAAUGAUAUCACUCCUUCCCACAACAAGAACGUGAAUGAAGAAGACAUAAACGAGUGCACAGUAUGGUGGCAGUAUGCGCGCGCUUGCGGUUGCUGGGGCGCGGCGUAUAGCGGCGCAGCGAUAGUUGCGCAGGCGAUGGCGACUGCUGCCGACUUCUGGCUCAUGCGCACCACUGCCGAGCAUGCUGAGCACCCUUUAACCAGCGAACAGAUGUGGAACAGUGUAUGCAUCUACGCACUAUGGUGUAUUGGCGGUGUGGGUGCUGUUGGGUGCGCACAAGCGGCGUGCACGGCAGCUGGGGCCAGGGCGCGACGGUCUUUGCACGAACAAUUGUUGCAUGCGACGUUACAUGCACCACUGCAUCAUCAUCGUUCAGCGCCGGCUGGAGCCACGUUGCACCGUUUUUCUGCUGAUAUACUUGUCAUUGACAAGAAAUUGCCAACCGCCGUUAGUCGCUGGGCCCAAUUAGCGCUAUUAUGCAUAGCUGCGAUGCUAGUGAACGCAGUUAUGGCUCCUUGGAGUCUUUUCGCGCUGUUACCCGCCCUGCUAUUCUACUUAACAUUGCAAACAGUCUAUUUACGUAACGCAAGGGAAUUGCAACGAGUAGAAGCUCGUAGCGCAGCGAGCGUGGUUUCGGUAUGCGCGCAAACAUGCAGCGGGGCAGGCACAGUUCGCGCGGGGCGACUCCAGACGCGCAUGCGUGCAGCCUUUAUGCGGCGACUAGAUCAAAACCACAACGCCUUAUUGCUGCUCAACGCCGCUAACCGGUGGCUUGGACUCACAUUAGAUUUAGUAGGUGCUGCAAGUGUGAGCGUGUCUAUAGCAAUAGCCCUAUAUAGCCGAAGGGAAGACGAUUCAGCUUCAGCGGCGGCAGCUGCUGGUUUAGCGGGAGCGUACUCUUUGCUCCUGCCGACUUACUUGGCGCAUCUAGCUAAGUGUCGGGCUGAUCUUGAUCUGCAGUUAGCUUCAGUCGAACGGUUGCAUGUUGACUCCAAAGUACAACAAGAAGAUUAUAGGGAUGACUGCCAAAUACCUACCGGAUGGCAAAGAAACGGAAAGAUACAUUUUGACAAUAUAAGCGUACAACAUGAACCUGACAUGCCAGCUGUUUUACAUAACAUCAACAUUUCUGUCGCUCCAGGUGAAAAAGUGGCUAUCUGCGGUCGAAGUGGAAGUGGUAAAUCAACUCUAAUACUGUCCUGUGUCGGAGCGACUACUAUCCGAAAAGGCCGGGUGUUAAUAGACGGCGUAGAUUCAACGAAUGUGCCGCUCCGAACGCUACGACAUCGUAUGGUGGUCCUCCCACAAGAAGCGGUUAUGUUCUCCGGUACACUGCGAGAAAAUUUAGAUCCUCUUGCCGUUCAUACUGACGAAGAAAUCUGGCAGAGCUUGCGGGCUGUGGGUUUGUUUGAUUUUGUGCACGCACAGCCUGCUGGUCUUGAGUGUUCAGUGGGGCGGCCGCGCUGCGGGUGGAGCGGCGGUCGAGCGGCCCGCGCGUGCGCAGCUCGCGCAGCGCUCCACGCGCAGAUCGCGAGCGCGCUGUUGCUCGACGAGCCCGGCGCAGCACUCGACGCGCCCGCCGAACGAGCGCUGCUUGCCGCCCUCAAAGCUGCUGCACCGCAUACUACUGUUAUAACUGUCGCGCACCGCAUAUCAUCAGUGCGCGAGUACGACCGGGCUGUAGUUUUGGAUGAAGGGCGUUUGGUGGAGCAAGGUAGCGUGCGCGCACUUUUAGCGCAACCCACGUCGAGACUAGCGCGCAUGCUCGCCGCCGCCACCACAGCUGCUAAUCAACACACUUAAGACAGUUAAUAACAUCUCGAUCGACCUUAGACUAUUUACCACCAGUGAUUGUAUUCCUUCAUACGUCAAGCCUAAUUGUAACUGUUUGAUAUUAAUCAACCUCUCCUAGAAAAAUAUGCGUAUUUGAUUAGUUGCAAAUAUGUCACGUGGUUAUGUACAUAAAAUAAUAACAGCAAUGAGUAACAUAAGCUACAAAAAUCUGUGCAUUUAAAUAAUAACAAUUGAACUGGGUGAAUUGAUACCUCUUACCUACUCGAAUAGAACGAGUGUUCCAUUUGCAAUAUUUAA